AUGGACGUAGCUAUCUUCGGGGCUUCGUGCUCGCCGAGCUGCGCUCAGUACAUCAAAAAUUUGAACGCAAAAGAGUUCGAAGCGGAUUUUCCACGAGCAUCAGCGGCCAUUAUCCAUCGCCAUUACGUGGAUGAUUACCUGGAUAGUUUCGGAACUGUGGAGGAAGCAAUGAAGAUUGGCAGCGAGGUCAAGAAAAUUCACGCCAAAGGAGGGUUUGAGAGCCGUAACUUCUUAUCCAAUGAUUCAGCGAUUGCAGCGCAAGUGGGAGAUGAAUCAACGACAGCGGAGAAGGAUAUCCGAGCGGAAAAAGAUGAACGAAUCGAGUCAGUAUUAGGCAUGAAGUGGAUACCGAGCAGUGACACCUUUACCUAUACGGUUUCCUUGCGAGACAACCUGAAGCAUGUUCUGGAGUUCUUCGCGCUUAUCCACGCUCGCCGCCGAUGGCGCGCUGCCGAAGGUCCAGCUAACUCCGUAUGUACGGCCGUUCACAUACGUAGGCGUACAUUAUUUUGGCCCAGUACUGGCGAAGGUUGGUCGCAGCAACGGUGGAUAGCCCUGUUCACCUGCUUGACUAUCCGCGCUGUUCACCUGGAGGUUGUUCACAGUCUAUCGAAGGAAUCCUGCGUCAUGGCUGUAAGAAGAUUCAUAUCACGACGAGGUGCACCGGCUGAGAUAUUUAGCGACAACGGGACAAAUUUUCACGGGGCGAACAAUCAGCUGAAACGGGAGAUGGAGGAACGCAACAAUCAUCUGGCUACAACCUUCACCAACUCUGCGACUCGUUGGUCGUUCAAUCCGCCAUCUGCACCACAUAUGGGUGGUGUGUGGGAGCGAAUGGUUCGCUCGGUAAAGGCAGCAAUCGGAACCAUUUUGGAAGCGCAACGACGGCCGGAUGACGAGGUUCUGGAAACGGUGAUGAUUGAAGCUGAGGCGAUGAUCAACACGAGACCGCUCACGUACAUUCCGUUAGAGUCAGCCGAUCAGGAAGCCUUGACCCCUAACCAUUUUCUCUUGGGGAGCUCAAGUGGAGUGAAACAACGUCCAACGAUGCCCGUGGAUUAUCGUGCAACUUUGAACAGUGGAUGGAAGCUUGCCCAGCACUUGACGGACGCAAUAUGGAAACGUUGGAUCAAGGAGUACUUGCCGGUGAUUUCGAGAAGGUCGAAGUGGUUCGAGGAAGUGAAGGAGAUAGCGGAAGGAGAUCUGGAGCUGAUCGUGGACGAUACGGUACGAAAUCAGUGGAUCAGAGGGAAGGUGGAUAAGGUCAUUCAAGGAAAGGAUGGACGGGUUCGGCAAGUGUGGGUGCGGACGGCGAACGGAACAUUACGGAGACCAGUGGUAAAGCUGGCGUUACUCGACGUUGUAGAUGGUGGUAAACCGGAAGCCAAACAUAAUGGUUUACGGGCGGGGGAAUGUGACGACGAGUACCCCUCGGCGCGUAACGAUCGCUAG